AUGAAGCUGGAGGUGUUCUCGCAGCACUACGAGGACAAGCUGAGCGCCGGCAGCGACCAGGAAGGCAGCGGCUCCCUCUCCCCGGCGCCGGCUGAGAGCGAGCUGGGCUCGGACGGCGACUGCGCCGCCAACAGCCCGGGCGGCGGGGCCGGGCGGCCGGGGCACCCCCCGCCGCCGCCCCCCGCCCCGCAGCCGCCGCCGCCGCCGGCCGAGAGCGCCAAGGGGAAGCCCUACACGCGGCGGCCGAAGCCGCCCUACUCCUACAUCGCCCUGAUCGCCAUGGCCAUCCGCGACUCGGCCGGCGGCCGCCUGACCCUGGCCGAGAUCAACGACUACCUGAUGAGCCGCUUCCCCUUCUUCCGCGGCGCCUACACCGGCUGGCGCAACUCGGUGCGCCACAACCUCUCCCUCAACGACUGCUUCGUCAAGGUGCUGCGCGACCCCGCGCGGCCCUGGGGCAAGGACAACUACUGGAUGCUCAACCCCAGCAGCGAGUACACCUUCGCCGACGGCGUCUUCCGCCGCCGCCGCAAGCGCCUCAGCCGCGCCGCCCCGCCGCCGCAGCCCGCCCGCCCCGCCGCCGCCGCCCCGCCGCCGCCGCCGCCGCCGCAGGAGGCGGCCGGAGCGGGCGCCGCGUCCCCCGGCGGUUCCCCGCGGUGCUGCUGCGCCUCCUCGCCCUGCAACUGCGCGCCGGGCCCCGCCGCCAAGGAGGCAGCGGCGGGGGCCGGCGGGGCGGCGGCGGGCAGCGGCGGCGCCAAGUUCUCCAGCUCCUUCGCCAUCGAGAGCCUCCUCCGGCGGCCGGCGGGGCCCCGCGCCGCCCCGCAGCAGCCGCCGCCGGCGCACGCCCGCCUCCUCUGGCCGGCGCCGCCCGUGCCCCCGCACCUGCUGCCCGGCCCCUACCCGCUGCUCCCCUACCCACCUGCCGCGCAGCCCCCGCCCGCCGCCGCCCUCUACGGAGGCGGCCUCCUGCAGCUCUGCGCCUACGGGCUGGGCGAGCCGCCGCCGCUGCUGCUGGGGGGCGGGCGGCAGGCGCUGGCCCACGGCGAGCCGCCGCCGGCGGAGCGGUCGCGGGCGCCGCUCUUCCCCGCCGCCCUCCCCAAGGGCGGGCGGGGGCCGCCGCCCGGCUCCCCGCUCUACGGGUCCCUCCGGCUGGCCGGGCCGCUGCAGCCGGCGGCGGGGGGCUCGGCCUCGUUCCAGCCGUACGCCGUGGAGACCCCCCUGGCUUAA